GCGUACGGAAGUAAACGGCCGGCUGCAGUCAGUGGAUUUCUUCUUUAAAAUGUGUGUUAGCAGCUGAAUGUUGGUCCGUCAGCAGCUGAACAGAUGAGCGCGGCUCCUGCAGAAGAUCAGGUCCGACAGUGGGAAAGUGAACAGGCCCAUCUCCGGCAGCAGCUGGUGGAGGACGACACCGAAGCCUGGCAGCAGAAUCCGGACUUCUCAGGCCUGCAGAGAGUCGGUGGGGUGGAUCUGUCCUUCAUUAAAGGGGAUGAUGUGAACGCCUGUGCUCAGCUGGUGGUGCUGAGUUACCCCGACAUGGAGCUGCUGUAUGAGGACAGUCAGAUGGUGACUCUGACGGCUCCCUACAUCGCCGGUUUCCUGGCCUUCAGAGAAACUCCUUAUCUCCUGGAGGCUCUGCAGCGGCUGAAGAAGAACCAGCCAGAGCUCCUGCCUCAGGUGGUAUUUGUGGAUGGGAAUGGUCUCUUCCACUACAGAGAGUUCGGCCUGGCGUGUCACCUGGGAGUUCUGUCAGGGCUGCCGUGUGUGGGCGUGGCCAAGAACCUGCUGCAGGUGCAGGGGGUAUACAAGAGCGAGGAGCACCAGUCACAGAUCGCUGCUCUGCAAAAAGGAGGAGACAGCUUCCCACUCACUGCCGCCUCGGGCAAAGUGCUCGGAAAGGCGCUGCGAAGCUCUGAUAAGAGCGUGAAGCCGGUGUACGUGUCCGUGGGCCACAAGAUCAGCCUGGACACUGCUGUUCGCCUCACACAUUCCUGCUGCCGCUACCGAGUCCCUGAACCCAUCAGACAGGCCGACUGUCGCUCCAGAGAAUACCUUCGCAAACACUUUCCAGCUGCAGAUACAUGACUCCAAAAAGACAACUGAGGUUCCAGAUGAUGCAGCGAAGGAUCUCAAGACCAAAAAAACUAAAGGCCAGCAAGUACAGAAGAUUCGACCGUGUGUGUGUGUGAGAAACAGAGUGAAUGUAUGUAUGCAUUAGCCGUUUUAGUCUAAACCAAGAAAACACCAUCAGAUUAAGGGAAUCUUUUUAUGUACUUGCCCCAUAUUUUUAACUGGAUGUGGGUCAGACUGGCUCUUUUUAUAUACUGUUCUCAUUGCAUUUUUUGGGUCACUCAGCUUUUUUACUCAGGGAGCCUUUUAAAUAAAUCAUAAACGUCCUUGA